AUGGCAACCCACUCCAUUUUCCUCUCCUUUUCUCCUCCGAGCUCUCGGCAGGACAAGAGGAAGGAAGCCAUGGGACAUAGGGAUGAGUAUAACCAGAAGCACCUCAAGGGCUGGCUGUUUCUGUUCUUAUAUGGACUGUAUCAGGCAGUAGUAAUCUCCAAAGCUAUAAUAUUCAGUGACUCUCUCCUGUAUCGUUCGUCCCCUCCCAGGAAUAAGGGAAGAUGCGCUAGGCUGUGGAAAAUAUCCUAUGGAGGUUUGUUGAAGAUGGCGACUGGCUCCCUAUUGACAGUUUAUGAGGUCAGCUGCAUUAAAGGAGGGUUGAUAUUGAUGAACAGGGAGCUGCCACCAAGGUUCAUGUACCCCAAAGAGUGGCAGCACCUCACCAUGUUCAUCCUCCUGACUCUCAAUGGCUGUGUGGACUUCAUGAGCAAGAACAUGCUGCCUCAGAGGUGUGUGGGCCUAGAGAAAGGUACCCAGGUCCUGAUCAUCUACGAGCUCCUGCUGCUGAUGGUGUCACAUGUUAAAGACUCAGAAGGGGUGGAGCUGCACGUUCAUUCUCUGCUCAUCUUGGUGGUGUUCCUGCUGUUGCUGGUGUUGACUGCAGAGCUGUGGGCUCCCAACAUGUGUCAUCUCCAGCUGAUGGAGACCUUUCUGAUCCUGAUGAUGGGCUCCUGGCUGAUGCAGGCAGGCUUUAUUCUAUACAGACCUGUCUCUGGCUAUCCAUGGCAGGACGAUGACAUCAGUGACAUCAUGUUUGUCACCACCUUCUUCUGCUGGCAUGUGAUGAUCGAUGCCUCACUCCUGUUGGGAAUCUAUGGCUUCUCUUCCUUUUGGUAUCAUUGUUUCAGACCCAGCUUGAAGCUGACUGGGCCCAAAGAAGCUCCGUAUUACGCAAGCACUCCAGGACCCCUCUACAAGUUGCUACAGGAAGUGGAGCAGUCAGAGAAAGAGGACCAGGCUCUCCUCCUUCCAAAGAGCUCCCCCUGA